AUGGCUGGGUUGAGGGAGCAGGGCGUGACGGCACCGCUGUCCUUCCCGCAGGGACCGAGCAUCUCCAUGCUGCGGCGUAGGAAGAGGAAGGCCAGCAGCAGGCGCUGGGCUCUUCGGAGCAGCCGACAGCAGGGUGCAGAACAGCCUUCAGCGCCUGUGGCCGCAGGGUGUGCACCGAGCUCAGCUGUCAUGGCUGAGCCUCCACCCACAGAGGAGGUUACUGUGAAGGCAGGGAGGCUGUGGGCUGUAGCCAAGGAGGUCCAGAUACUGUUGCUGGCAGUGUGUGGCAUGUACCAGGGCUGGAGGAGCAUGCUGGCGCAGGUACGUGCUGGAAUGCUGAAUGCGCUACUCGUCUGGGGAGGCUACACGCAGCAGUUGGAGACCCUCCGACAGGAAGUGUCCGAACUGAAGAGGGAGAUGAGCGUCCUGCACCAUGCUCUGCAGGGUGGCCGUGGUGGGGGAGUGGGAGUGACACUGCCUGCUCUGGCGCAUGGCUGCGGAUCCACAGUGGAUCCUCUCCCCGCGCUUAUGCCACCAGCCCCACCUCCACCUCCGCCUCCUCCACCUCCGCCACCUCCACUACCUGCCCAGCAGCCGCAGAAACCUCUGCUGUUCAUCAAGAAAAGAGCAGCAUCCGAGUCUAGCUCUCAGGAGAAGCAGGCUCGUUCUGUCUUAGUGACAGUGAGGGAUUUGCAAGCUGUGAAGCUGAGAAAAGUAACAGAGCCCAUCAGCAAACAAAAGAUGUCCCCAAGGCAAAAGCGUGCCCCACUGGUCACUGUGGCAGACCUGCAGAAAGUCCGUCUGCGACGCUCUCACUGCGACCUGCCCCCAAAACUGCGCCUCCACCUGGGCAGAUCACCCACCAAAAACCCACUCAUUCUGCGUUCUAGUCUGAAAAAAGUCCAGAUUAACAGAAGCCCUGGCGGAACACCUCUGUUUGACAAGGAAAAGAUGGAGACAGGAACAGGCCUCACCCCCAUCAUGACUCAGGCGCUGCGGCGCAAGUUUGAGAGUGCUGUGCCCAGAAGCCCCUCUCCGAACUCUAAGCCUGUUAAAAGCUUUGAAGAGAACUGA